GUUGCCAUGUCUUUUCCUUCAUGGAGAUUGGGCAGACAACAACACAAUGACUGGAGGAAACCUGAGUUGUUUAGCGGCACAGAGAGCUUUGGGAACGUGUAGAGAGUCUUCUAAAUAUUUCUGUUUUAAGUUCAAAUGCACUGGAAGGUGUCACUAUAGCUUGAAUGUAUCAAAGGGGAUGUAACACUUUCAAGCUCCCUGCCUCACUUCUGCUUGUGGAAUUUGUAAUGCCAGUGGGAUCAGACUUGCUAUAUAAAGCCACCACAUUAGAUCGCUUUCCCAUUCAGGCAGCUCGAAACCUUGCAGAGCUGUCUCUUCUUCCCCAAGAACAGCUUGUGCCGAGGAGAGAGAAAGAGAGAGAGAUUUAGGGGCUCUUCUACCCACUGAUAGCUAGGCAAAGGAUGGCUGUGAAUCUCAGAUGCUUGGUAAGCUGUGCUCUCAUCAUAGCUGCCACCGCGAAUGGAUUUACUCAGAAAGGACUCAAACAGAUAUUGCUGGAUAAAUUAGGGCUUCCUGAGGUCCCUGCUCUUCAGAGGACAGACAUGGAAAAUCUGGUCAUUCCAGAAAAUAUAAGGAAUAAAUACAUGUCUAUGCUGAAGCGCCGCCGAGAGAAGCGGAGAGCAAUGCCAAGUCUAGCUGGAAUCCUGAGAGGAAUUCCCGGCAAUGCAGAUAUUCCUGGAGACAUUCUCUAUUCGGACACCACCCGUCAGAAACUUAUCUUUGACAUGGAAGGCAGGAUACCAGCAAACAGCGAAGUCACCAUGGCUGAGCUGAAGCUUUUCAAAAAGCCCCUGGAGAGGAAACACCUGCCCAGCAAGCCAUCCCAUCGGCCAGUCAUGAAUGCCAGGGUGAGCGUGUACUGGGUGCAGCCCCAAGAGAAUGGCACCAACCGGACCUCUUUGAUUGAUUCCAGGUUAGUUCCACUUAUGGAGUCUGGCUGGAGGAAUUUCGAUGUCACCCAGGCAGUACAUUUUUGGCUGAAGACCAAGAUGCAGGGGCCGAUGCUCCUGGAGAUCUGGAUUGAAGGAGAAAGAUUAGGCAGCUAUGCCUCUGAAAUGGCCAAGAGUGUGCGCUUUACUUCUCAGGAUCCUUCGGACAAAGCACUGGGCAAGCCUGAGUUGGUGCUUUAUACCCUUAACCUGGAAGACUAUGGGGGACCUGGGGAUUGUGAAGGAGGAACCCUGACUGAAAAGACCAGCUGCUGCCGCCAGGAACAUUACAUCAAUUUCCGAGAGCUGACCUGGACACAGUAUUGGAUUAUCGAGCCAGCAGGCUACCAGGCUUACCACUGUGUGGGUGGCUGCCGGCAACCCAAGAACUUGCUGCGCCAUUUUGGCUACGGGGAGAGAACCUGUGCUGUGCUGGAGAGCUCUCCGCUGCCCAUGAUGUAUCUUGUCAAGAAGGGAAACUACACUGAAAUUGAGGUGGCAGAGUUCCCUAAUAUGAUUGUAGAAAAAUGUGGCUGCAUCAUGGACAAUAUAGCAGCGGUCUAACCACACACCAAACACAGAAUGGCAGAAAGGCAAGAGGUAGCUUGUUGCAGGGUGCUCUUUCCCUAGUUCAACCAGAAAACUGAGUUCUCCUAACUCUGACCACAUAUCACCCGUGGCACACUGAAUUCGGUUGCUGGUCUUCUUAAUACAUUUCAACAAUAAUUUGGUUCCUCUCCUGUCAUAGGUAUACAAUCUUGCAGUCGCAAAUGCAGGUUAUUCCAAUCUGGAUGGAAUUUUGCCACGUAUAACUUGUAUGUCUGCCUUUCAUGGCCAUGAUGGCUGUGUUCUGCCUCCACUGUUGCUGGGAAUCUCAAGUGGGAAGAAUGCUGUUGCACCUAGGCCCUGCUUGUGGGCUUCUCACAGGUAUCUGGUUGGCCACUGUGAGAACAGGAUGCUGGACUAAAUUGGCCUUUGGUCUUACUGGGUACUUAAAUUCUAUUUACUGAGGGUUUGUUUGUUUGUUUGUUGCUGGCCUAUCAUUUUCCAUGGUGGGGCAGCAAAGUAGGAUAUAAUCCCAAAUUCAGUGUGUGAUAGCAGUUUGUUAAUGAUAGUUGAAAGCUGUCAGCACCAGAGAUAGAUUGCUGGAGUAGAUGGAUUUUUCACCGAUCCUUCGUGACAGCUCUUCUGUUCUUACUAACAAAACAUCCAUCAAAACAAGGGAUAGGCCUAGGCACCUGUAUUAUGAGAGGACAGCAUCCUACAAGAAGCACUUUGAGAUGAAUUGCAUGUGCCUCCAAGCAGAGUCCUACAGCACCUCUUGCAGGAUCCCUGUGGGUAAAGGCUAAGCCCUUGGUAUCAGGGAUGGAGGACAGGUUUACCUUCACUUGCAACAGUGCGGUGUAACUUUCUCCCAUGGCAGUGAAUUGCUGCAAUUCACUACUGUGGAGAAAAAGUAAAGGGAUGUACCGUAUUGAGGGUAGAGGUUUUCAAGCUUUUGGAGUGCACGGCUACCUUGACCAAACCCAUUCUUUCUGCGGCACUCCUGUGGGGCUCAGGAGCCCAGUUAUGUCACCCCUUGCCUGCCAAGCUGAAAGCCUCUCACCCUUUUUCAAACACCCUCCCUUUUGCAGUGUUCCCUCAGCCUCUUCUCCUCUCGCCUCUCCUUGGGAGUCCUCCAGGCAGCUGCCACAGCCACCCCAAUCUCUGAGCUGCCUCAGCUCCUGGCAACCAGCACCAUUUGCCUGGGGAGCUUGUAGCCAGGGCUGCUGCAACAAACAGCUGUGCUAGCCCACUGAAACCAAAAGAGUAUUAAAAGUGUGUCACCUUUCCUGGAUCACACCCAUGGAAAGUUUUGCAUUUCCCAGCUGCACUGAUUUUAAUGGGAGAGUAAAGUGUGUAGUUAAAUAUCUCCAGUUUGAAAUCAAUGGGUCAGCUUUGACUGGAUUGAGGCCAUCUAUAGACAUUGAUUUGACUAUUCAGUUCAACUUGCUCCCAGACCAUGACCAACAUUCUGUCCUUUACUAUCUUAGGAAUCAUAAAAAGCACUUACCUAUUAAUAAUAUAGAAUCCAUAUAUAUUCUCUGUCCUUAUUUGCUAUCUUCAUCAGAAGGCUGAUCUAUGUACCUUAUGGGUUAAAAAGUGAGGCAGAAACCCUGUAAUAAGUGGGACUUGUGUGUAAGGAUGCUUGCUCCAUAUGCUUGCAGGAUCUCAUCCUUUUUUAUUUGUAACAUACAACUAAUGUGAUUGAUGAGUUUCCCCUGAAUUUUGUACAUCUUGACAUACUAGGGAAAA